CAAACUUGAACGUUCCAUACACCCCCGCGCGCGAGCGGUCCACCGUUUGUACAACAGCCGUAAUCAACAACUCAAAAUACCUUCACACUUACGGCUCCUCAUAUUCACGUCGCCAUACUCAUAGGGUGCGAGUGCCCAGAUGUCCGAUCUCCAGCCUAGCCGUUUUCCCCCUUCUCCUGACGUCUCACACGCACAAACCACGCAAUGGAGUGCCGAUGAACAGAGCGAUGAGGAAUCCAGCCCCAAGGAAUGGGGCGACGAGGACUUCGGCGUCGGAAAACAGAGAUUCAUACUCUGGUGGCAGUGGCGGGACGCCCGUUUUGAGGGCACCCUGCCCCUAGCCCUCUCCGCUCGCAUCCCGCUCGAGAUCUUCGAGUUCGUCAUUGACGCGAUCGAGGAUCAGUCCACACUGCCCGUUGUGGCGCUGGUCUGCGCAAUGUGGUAUCCGCGUGCGAUGCACAACCUCUACUACGCCGUUGAGAUUCGCAGCCGCACCAGCUUCAACAGGCUGUACAAGCAGUGCUACGCGUCACCACGCGUCAAGCAGUGGCUCGCGAACACAUGCCAGCUACGGGCUUACGGAAGUACUCGCUACAUGGGCUUCCUUCAAGCACUACCGUCUGCGCUCGCUGGCCUGAUGCCUCGCGUACGCCUCCUUGACAUCCGGUUCGGAAGGCUUUCUUUCAUCCACACGGGUUUUUUCUUCGCCUUGUCGGAUUUCAAGUCUGUCAAAUCGUUGACGCUUCGAUUCUGCGAACUGAACAACAUCUCGCAGCUGCGGCGGAUUGUGUCUGCCUUCCCCGAGCUUACAGACCUCACGAUUAUAGAUGUUGAGAUCCGAUCUCCGCAAGAUGCUGCCAGUUACGCGGGAGCCUCACUAUUCCAGUCGCCAUCUCACAUUCGUCUUCGAUACCUUAACAUCGGAGACCUCUUGCACCACGAAGAAGUCAUGGUGAUUUUCCUCAACUGGAUGGCGCGCUCAGGCCUCUGCAAGUCACUUGCGGGCCUGAAAUUUCACACUUCCCAUCCCUCCAUGACAGUGAUACCCCUUAACAAACUCCUCGAAGCGGCAGGGGCAUCGUUGACUCGUUACCGCAGACACACCUUGACAAUUAUAACCGUAAGAGUCCUUCAUCUUGCUUGGAGACUCGAGUCGCCCCUGCAUCGGGAAAUUUGGUUGAACAUCAUAAUCGUUCGCCGCAGUUGCGCGGAUUAUAACUACAGAGGGCAGAGGUUAUGAGUAGUACUUACGCGGUUUAAUCAAUGUGGUACCGUUAUGUUUGAGCCACAAUCGUCGAUAAUCAUCGGCGAACGGGCUACAAGCGCUCAUAAUCACCUCGACCUAGUUUAGUAGCGGCGAUGCUCCUUGCUAUCGUCGUUGUAGACGACAGCCU